AUGGCUAACAUCUUCCUCACAAUCAGUGCUAUCAGAAAAGGAAAAUGUCUGAAAGUUCCAUCUUAUACCGAGAACAUUGUCUUCUUGACAAUUUUAGUAAAAUUCGCAAAAUCAUCAGAUCUUAUAUUCAUAAUAACUGCUCUAAUUUGUGCAUUAUUGGGUGGAACCAUUCAGCCGACUGUUUUAUUAAUCGGAGGAUGGAUCACAGAUUUAUAUUUAACUAAUGGAAAUACAGUAGGGAACGACGAGUUCUUCGAUUCAGUACUAUCUUUAAUCUACGCCGGACUCGGCUUUGGUGUCAUAACAUUGGUGCUCGCUCUGGUUCAAGGAAUAUGUAUACAGAGAGGGACGAGUCGAAUUUUGAGUAAUCUUCGCAAAGAAUUCUUGGGAGCUAUUUUGAGGCAAGAUGCUAAUUGGUUGGAUCAGAACCCAUCUGGAAGUAUUACUUGUCAAUUGAAUGAGAAUAUCGAAAUCAUAUCCGAUGGACUUGGAAACAAAUGCUGCAUGCUGGUUCGAGGGUUCGCCAUGUUCACUUCAUCGAUUAUUGCCUGUUCCUUCAUCAAUUGGCAAUUGACUUUCAUCACUUUUACAAUGGGACCAGUCUCAGCUUUUGUCUUGCAUUUGUUGACCAAGGUUAACGAACUAACAAACACUGUAUUGAUGACACUAACCACACAAUCCCAUGCAAUAAUCGAAGAAUCAAUUCUAAACGUGCGAACUGUUCAAGCAUGCAACGGACAGAAUUUCAUGAUCCGGAAACUCAAAAACGUCAAUGAAGAGAUCAAAAAGUUUUACAACAAGAGCACAUUUUGGGCUGGGUUCUUCGAUGGGCUCGCUCUUUUUGUCAUCUAUUUCAUCACCGGAAUUUCACUUUUCUUCGGUUGCCGUUUAUACUUCGAAGGGCAGAUCAAAAAAGCUGGAGACGUGAUUCUGAUUGUCAAUACAAUUUGUGUUACCGGAUACUUUUUGGGACUCCUUGGACCUCAUAUGUCUUCGCUUCAAAGAGCCGCUGCUUCAUUUCAAUUGUUGUAUAAAACAAUAUCAUCUGCUCCGAAGCCAGGAGAGAAGAAUGGAGAAUCCAGAACUUUUUCGCCGAAAGGACAUAUCGAAUUUAAAGAUGUCAGAUUCAAGUAUGCAACUAGAGAUAAGGAGGUUCUACAGGGUCUAUCCCUGGAAGUGUUACCCGGCCAGACUAUUGCUCUCGUCGGUACUAGUGGCUGUGGAAAGAGUACCUCCAUUGGACUCCUCACUAAACUUUACCGUGCCAGCGAAGGAGAAAUUUUAAUCGAUGGCCAUAACAUCGACAUGCUGGAUGCCAAGGUUUUGAGACAACAAAUCGGAGUCGUCCAACAAGAACCAAAACUAUUCGAUGGAACUAUUAUGGAGAAUAUCAAAUUGGGAAGAAAUGUUGAUCAGAAGACCAUCGAGACGGCUGCAGAAAUUGCGAACGCUUCUAGCUUUAUUGAGAAGUUGGAGAAUGGAUAUGAAACUAGAUUGGGACCUGGAGGAGUUCAGUUGUCGGGUGGGCAGAAGCAAAGAAUCUGCAUUGCAAGAGCAUUGGUAACGUCUCCAUCGAUUCUUCUUCUUGAUGAGGCUACAAGUGCACUAGACUCUCAUAACGAGCAUAUUGUAAAUAAAGCUCUUACCAAAGCUUCCGAAGGCCGUACCACGAUUAUCAUUGCUCACCGAUUGAGCAGUCUUAAAAACGUUGAUAGAAUCUACGUCUUGGAUCAAGGAAAAACAAAGGAAAUCGGAAAACACGAUGAUCUUGUAGCCCUUGGAGGGAUCUAUGCAAAACUAGCGAAAAGCCAGGAAGUCGAGCAAAGUUCAAAGAAGGAUUGGGAGAGAGAAGAGCUCAGAAGGGCCCAAAAAAUGAAGAAGAAGAGCAGAAAUGUGGAGAUUAUCGAGGCAAACUCGACAAUUCUUCAGGAGCAUGAGCACAAUUUUGUUGGAUCCAUCAUCACGGAACACGAAGAAGAGCAGAAGAUUUCGUUCAGUGGAAUUGGGAAAUUGAUGAACUAUCUUCCGAAACAUCCAAAGAUGUUGACCCUCAUAAUUGCACUGUCUGUGCCAAGAGCCAUUGAAUUGUGCUCCUAUGGAUUGGGAAUGUCAUUUGCUUUCAAUACCCUUCAGAUGUACCUUUGUGGCUAUAUUGCCAAUGAGGUGCUCAACGAGGUAAAGGAAUCGGUUCUCGGAGAAGUCCUAAACAAGCCGAUUCCAUAUUUUGAUAACCCUGAAACUUCUCCAUCAGCAUGUGUCACCAAGAUCAUUUCGCAUGCUCAUAACUGUUAUGCGUGCCUGGACCACCGAGCCAGUCGAUUCAUCAUGUUCAUCUCGGGAACCGUGUUCUCCUUGAUGCUCGCCUUCCCAUUCGUAUGGGAACUGGGGCUCUUGGGUCUCGGAAUCACAAUCCUGCUGACAAUCUUCAGUCUUCACUUCCUAUGGGUUGCUCACAAAGCCCAUAGUGAGAAGUCGAGAAUGGAUAAGAGUGGAGUGUUCGCUGUGGAGAUUGUAGAGCACAUCAGAUCCAUUAAACUCCUGGCUGUAGAAGGAUACUUUGAGGAUCGAUUCGCUGAUUAUUUGAAGAUUUCAGAGUGUUACGAGAACAAGAUUGGACUCUUGUCCUCGCUCAACUUCGCUGUCACCCAAUCCUACGUAUUUGCUUGUGACAUGCUUCUUUUCUUCGUUGGAACUAUUCUGAUCUACCACGGUCAUUACACCCCGGAUAAGAUUUUCUUGGCUUUCAACGGAGCACAAAUGUCGGCUUGGGGAGUGAUGUACUUCUCCCCGUGGUUCCCAGAAAUCAUUCGAGGAUCUGCUUCAGCUAAUCAAAUAUUCUCUUUGUUUGAUAAGACUAAAAAUCCAGAGUUCAAUGGAAAAGAAAAGCCAGAAAUCCAUGGAAGUGUAGAAGUGAACGAAGUAGAGUUUGCCUAUCCAGCGACACCACAUCGUAAUGUCUGUGAAGGAUUCUCAUUGAAUAUACCAAAAGGUCAUUCGAUUGCGUUGGUUGGUGCAUCUGGAUGUGGAAAGAGUACGAUAAUUUCAUUGCUGGAGAGGUUCUACGCUCCGAAAGCUGGAAAAAUAAGCAUAGAUCAAAAUGAUAUUUCCGCGAUCGAUGUUAACUAUCUUCGUCAGAACAUUGCCGUUGUCGGACAGGAACCAGUGCUCUUCAACGCAUCGAUUCGGGAAAAUAUCACAAUUGGAAUGGAUGAUGUGAAUCUGCAAGAUGUUCAGAAUGCUUGUAAAGUGGCCAAUGCAGCCAACUUUAUUGAGAGUUUUCCAUUGGGCUACGAUACCCAAGUUGGCGAAGGAGGUGCAUCCCUAUCCGGAGGUCAAAAACAACGAAUCGCCAUUGCCCGAGCGAUCAUCAGAAAACCAAAAAUUCUACUCCUCGACGAAGCCACCAGUGCACUAGACACCCAAUCUGAGGAAAUUGUACAAAAAGCUUUGAGAUGUGCGACCACAGGAAGGACAAGUAUCAUUAUAGCUCAUCGUUUGAGUACGGUACAACAUUGUGAUACAAUCUACUACAUAUCUCGAGGAGCCGUUGCCGAGUAUGGAACACAUGCUGAACUCGUUGCGAUGAAUAAUAAAUAUGCUAGAUUAGUGGCUGCCCAGAGUAUGACUUGA